AUGCGUGGAAUCGGUGGUAGCAUAGCUCUCACGAGCCUCGCUAUCUCGGCGAAUGCCCUGAUACAUGAGCUCCUUGUUGGUACUUUCGGCACCAAGUCACUUUACACGAUUGAGUUCGAUGAUGAGGCCUUGACAUUGGAAUUGGCCGCCAACACUUCAGUACCGGUGUCAGGGUCCUGGAUCGCACUCAGCCAUGACAAGGCAAAUUUAUACACCACCGCCUAUGGCCAGGGAAACAGCACAAUAAGCCCUGCGUUCGCCAGCUACACCCUGUCCAACACCACUGAAAUCACACACGACGUGACCAUACCAUCCGGAGGCAAUUGCACUGCUACGUCCAUUUUUGUGGUAGCGGACCCUAAUCCACCCCACGCCGUUUAUGGUGUCUUCUUUGGCGAUAAUGCUGGCUGCGGUGCUGUGUUAUCCGUGGACGAGAAUGGUGUACUCAAUGCUGCUAUCCAGAACUACACUUACACUAGCUCUGGGGCCGUUCAUGGUACGGCUUUCAGCCCGGACUCAAAGUUCCUGUAUUCUGCCGACGAUAGAGGCAAUGCGCUGUGGACACAUAGCAUCGAUGCCACGACCGGAGAGGUGGCGUUCGUCGCAAAUAUCACAGCACCAACCAGCGGCGCAGAUCCAAGGCAUGUAACGGUUCACCCUAACGGCAAGUUCUUGUAUGUUGUUCUCGAGGGUUCAAGCCAGGUAGCGCAGUACUCAAUCGACCAGAGCACUGGGAUCCCGUCUUUCAGUAAUGUGACGUACCCUCUCCUUUCCUCCGGCGAGGACGCCGCGGACUUCUGGGCAGAUGAGGUGGCGCUUUCCUUCAGCAGCAAAUUCCUCUGGGCCACCAACCGGGGAAGAGAUGCGAGCACCCUAGGCUACAUCUCAGUGUUUACUCUCGACGCGGAUGGCGCAAUCCUAUCGCAGAACUUCUUGCUCGCUACAACAACAAGCGGUGGCGCUGCCAAUGCAGUUACACCCAGCCCUUUCACUGAUCGAUUUGCGGCAUUGACGGACAGCUCAACUGGAUUUGUGGAGAUUUGGGAGCUGGCCGAUGAUGGAAGCAACGCGACCGUUGUCGCACAUCUUGACUUGGUAGAUGGUGGUUGCUGUGCAAAUGCUGUAUGGUACUCUUAA